AUGUCUACUCCGAUCUUUCCCGUCAUUGAUUACUCUCGCAUCAUCUCCUCUAACCCUAUGACCGCAACCCAAGAGAAAGACAAGCUCUUCCAAUCCUUCAAAGAUGUCGGCUUCAUCUACCUCAAGGGCUUCAACUUUCCUCCAGAGUUCAUCGACACCCUCUUCUCUCAUCUCCACAAAUUCUUCUCCCUCUCCGAGGAACAGAAGCUGGCCAUCGAGGGCGGCGAAAAGCAAGCCUUCCGCGGCUGGUUCGCUCCCGCUCGUACAGCUAAGAACCCCGAGAAAGCCGACCAGAAGGAAGCAUUCGGUUUGGGCAAUGACAAGGACGAAACGAGGCCAAAUCUCUGGCCGACCAACUGGCCUGAGUUCCGCCGCGACUUCACAACCUUCUACGAAGAGUGUUACAAGAUGCAUCUUGAGCUGCUGCGCGCAUUGACGGAGAAAGUGGGCCUGGACCGCGAGUCUCUCAUCCCUUCCGUCAAGGCCAAGGACUGCUACAGUGCCUUGCUACACUACUACGAGACUUCAUUGGAGAGCUUCGAUACUCGCGUACGCUCUGCGCCGCAUACGGACUUCGGUACCCUGACUUUGCUGUUCAAUGAUAGCAAUGGCGGCUUGCAAGUGAAGGACAAGGACGGACAAUGGAUUGAUGCGCCUCCUAUGCGCGGUCAUGCCAUCGUUAAUGUUGGAGACCUCCUCUCUCGGUGGUUCAAUGGUCAAUUAAAAUCCACUCAGCACCGAGUCGUGCAGCCCCCAGCUGAAACUCGGGAAACGGAAAAUGGUACAACCACUGUCAUCCCAUCCAGAUAUGCCAUUGCCUGGUUCGGUCACCCCAACCGCGACGCAGUCGUCGAGCCUCUCAAGGAAUGUGUUACCCCGGAGUGGACACAGAAGUUCAAGGCAGUGGUCGCAGGGAAGCAUGUCAAGGAGCGCAUGGCUCGACUUUUGGAGCACGGCUAUCUGCCUGAGAAGUGGACCGAUGACAUGCACCGCAAGCCUAUUGCCGUUUAA